UCUCCAAAGAGUACGUAUUUAAAUCAAGAACUCGACUCUCUGGACAGAAAACGAUUUGUUGCCAAAUAAGUAAUACCAAGAUAUUUAGCACAGGCGCCUUCAAAAAUGAUGGCGCAAUUAUCUUGAAAUGCCGAAUAAAACUGUUUAAAACAAUGGCAAGUGAAAAGCUGCAGACUAACGACAAAAAACGAAACCAAGACAAGACAAGAUAGUGAUUUCAAAAGCUGCUGACACCGGAGCUGUCACAAUGAGGAUUUUAAGAUUUCUCAGGAGCAGUGUUUCCAUAGGAAAGGACAUCGACUAUUACUCCAAAUUCUCACCCUCUCCUCUGUCAAUGAAGCAGUUUCUGGAUUUUGGCUCAGAAAAUGCAUGUGAGAAAACCUCAUUCACCUUCCUCAGACAGGAGUUGCCUGUGAGGUUGGCAAACAUCAUGAAGGAGAUCAACCUGUUGCCAGACAACUUACUGCGGACUCCAUCAGUGAAGCUGGUGCAGGGCUGGUACAUGCAGAGUUUUCAGGAUAUUCUUGAGUUCAAAGACAAAAAUGCAGAUGAUGAAAAAGUCACAUAUGAUUUCACAGAUGCCGUAAUAAAGAUCAGAAAUCGGCACAAUGAUGUAAUUCCCACCAUGGCUCAGGGAGUUGUGGAGUACAAGGAGGCUUACGGCACGGACCCCGUCGUCAGCCAGAAUGUCCAGUAUUUUUUUGAUCGAUUCUACAUGAGCAGGAUAUCCAUCAGGAUGUUGCUCAACCAGCACACUCUCCUCUUCGGGGGGAAGGUGAAGGUGAACCCAGCUCAUCCUAAACAGAUCGGCAGUAUUGAUCCAAACUGUCGUGUCAGCGAUGUUAUCAGAGAUGCGUAUGAAAAUGCACGAAACCUCUGUGACCGGUACUACAUGAACUCUCCUGACCUGGUGCUGGAGGAAUUCAGUGCUACUCCCACCACUGUGGUCUACGUCCCAUCCCACUUGUAUCACAUGGUGUUUGAACUUUUUAAGAACGCCAUGCGCGCCACCAUGGAGUUAUAUGGUGAUGCCAUGGACUACCCUCCCAUCCAUGCACAGGUAGCUCUGGGGACUGAAGAUCUGACGGUCAAGGUGAGCGAUCGCGGAGGAGGUGUGCCGCUGCGCAAAAUUGACCGGUUGUUCACCUACACGUACUCCACAGCUCCUCGACCCAGCAUCGACGGGGCCCGUGCUGCUCCGCUGGCUGGUUACGGGUACGGCCUGCCAAUCUCUCGUCUGUACGCCCGGUACUUUCAGGGUGACCUGAAGCUUUACUCUCUGGAGGGGUAUGGAACCGAUGCUGUGAUCUACAUCCGGGCGCUCUCCACAGAGUCCAUUGAGAGGCUCCCCGUGUACAACAAGUCAGCUUGGAAACACUACAAGACGAUCCAAGAGGCCGACGACUGGUGCAUCCCCAGCAAAGAGCCCAAGGACAUGACCACGUUUCGCAGCUUCUAGAUCCAAAUGACUCCUGAAGUGCAGGACAGGUGAAGGGUUUGGUGUGUGGGAUGGGAAUAAAUCAGUCUAGAUUUCUUUGUCUAAAAAUAAUAAGAAAACGGAACAGAAAAAAGAUUGUGUGCCAUAUUCUUUAUAUUAGGCAUUAGUUUUGUUAUGAUGAAGAUUUUGGAGCCAAGAAGCCUCAUUUAAAAUGAACAAUUUCCUUUCUUAUUCCGAAUGGGACCUUUAAUGGUAGUGACUGGGGCUAAACUGGACCAGGAUUCUGGAAAACCACACUGCUGUUGAAAGUUUAACAGUCAACAACAUAUGGGCAAAGUAAACAAAUCCUAGGACGAUGGAUGUAGUCAGUUUCUUUAUAACGUCAAACAUAUUUUGGCAUUUCUCUACUGCGGUUUGGCAUUUAUAAACCAACCUAUGAUGAACAAUAAUAUAUCUGUGACAAACUUAAAACCAGCCGAUGGAAUAAGUUGAAAUCUCUCAGCAUGGUGUGAACUGUGUCUUUGUUUUACUGGUGUAGGGUUUUUCCUUAAAUGUUACUUUUGUUUUACUGAAAGCUAAACUCUUAACUGUUCCACUCCGUCUGUGUGCAGGAAAGGAAAACUUGUUACACAAUUUAAACGCUGCUUGUUUUUAAAUCUGUUGGAAGAUACUUCUAAGUCUUAUUGGUUAAACGGUUUUUUAUUUAGGGUAUUUAUUCUUUAGUUGAUGACGUCUUAAAACAUGUCAUCUGUGAGGGGUCAAUGCAACAAAGUUAACUGAAUAAAUGAAAUUCAGAAAAGCUGUAGGAAAAAACAGUUGGCAAUAUGUUUUAUUGGGUUGGUAACACUUAGUUUGUAUUCAAAUAAGGUACGGCUUAUUUUUCUCACAAAAUGUAUUAAUGCAUUAUUUGGGAAAACUAUGUUUGGGUUGCUGUGAUAGUAUUACAAGGACUCAUCCUGUCAAAAACUAUGAUAAUUUCCCAUGUUACAAUAAGGUAUUUUUCUGUAUGGAUCUUGUUUUGUGAAAAAUAAACAUUUCAAACCAACA